GGGCCCCGCGUCGUAGCGGGGCGAGGGAGCGUAUGGAGCGCGGCCGCCGGCGGGAGCGCAAGGCCCACAGCGUGAUGACCGCCCCGAGCAAAGCAAUCGAAUUGCAACUACAGAUGAAGCAGAAUGCCGAGGAGCUGCAGGACUUUGUGAGGGAAUUAGAAAGCUGGGAGAAAGACAUUAAGCAAAUGGAUUCGGAUCUGAGAAGGCAGAACGGUGAUCCGGAAGAGGCCUUACCUCCUGUGAGAAAUGAGAAUUUAAAAAAAAAGAAGAAAAACAAAAGUAAUGGAACGUCUAAGAAAACCACCGAGGAAAACAAAAAAAAUAAGAUAAAAUCGUUCGACUACGAAGAAUGGGAAAAACUGGAUGUGGACACCAUACUGGAAGAACUCGAUAAAGAAGAGAGCGCUUCAGAUUCAGAAGAAGAUGGCAUUCAUAUCGAUCCAGAAAAGGCUCUUGCAGAGAAAGAAAAGGGAAACACAUUCUUUAAACAAGGAAAAUAUGACGACGCAAUUGAAUGUUACACAAAAGGAAUGGAUGCCGAUCCGUAUAAUCCCGUUUUGCCAACAAACAGAGCAUCUGCGUUCUUUCGAAUGAAAAAGUAUGCCGUUGCCGAAUCAGACUGUAAUUUAGCAAUCGCGUUGAAUAGGAAUUACGCGAAGGCCUAUGUUAGGAGAGGAGCUGCUCGCUUUGCACUGCAAAAGUUCAGCGACGCCAAAGAAGAUUAUGAGAAGGUCCUAGACCUCGAUCCACACAAUUUUGAAGCCAAGAAUGAAUUGAAGAAAAUUAAUCAGGCUCUGCAUACUGAAGAAGAUUUUAAUUCCAAGGAAACUAAUGCAGUGAUUGGCCCAGAUGAACAAGAGAAAAAGCGCAUUGAGGAGCAACAACGCAAGCAGGAGGCUAUUACAGAAAAAGACUUGGGUAAUGGCUAUUUCAAAGAGGGGAAAUAUGAAAGAGCAAUCGAAUGCUACACCCGCGGGAUGGCAGCGGACGGCGGCAAUGCCCUUCUCCCGGCGAACCGAGCCAUGGCCUAUCUAAAAAUUCAAAAGUACGAGGAGGCGGAAAAGGACUGCACCGAAGCCAUCUCGCUGGAUGGCUCCUAUUCGAAAGCGUACGCCAGGAGAGCAACCGCCAGGACCGCCCUGGGAAAGCUCAAUGAAGCCAAACAGGAUUUUGAGACAGUUUUGAACCUGGAUCCUGGAAACAGGCAAGCGGUAAACGAAUUGUCCAAAAUUACCAGGGAAUUAAUUGAAAAGGGGCCAGGGAAUAAUAGCGGUUCUGAAUCAUCCAAAAAGCGAAUUUUAAUAAGCCCAAUUGACAAGCCACCACACCUUAGGUCGACUAAGCCCCUUAAAACGCUCGCCAUUGAAGAAAUCGAUAGCCGUGGGCAAAAUGCGGAUUUGCCAACCACGGCCGCUACAACCAGCUCUGCCUUGGAGACCAAUCUUGUAAAUCCCACAGUCCUGCUACCGAACUCAACCACGGCAAAGACAAGCAAGCCGAUUCAAGGUGACCUUCCGCCUGGAAGUGAUACUCCGAAAGCGAAAGUAUUAAAGAUAGAAGAAAUCAGUGACGCCCCAGCCUUGCGAUCCCACUCCAAGGUGAAAGAUCACGUCCUGACUGCGUGCCAGUCUUUGCAUCGGAAAAACGCAAGGGAAGCGGAGAAAACGCCAGACUCGUGCGCUGCGGCUGUUCUCCCGGCUGUUCCAGCCAACACCUUCCAGCUUGAAUCUGAUUUCAGAAAAUUGAAAGGUUCCCCAAAUAUGUUGUACCUGUACCUGAAGCAAAUUGAGCCUUCUCUCUAUCCCAAGUUGUUCCAGAGGUCCUUAGAUCCCGAUUUGUUCAACCAGAUUCUGGCAAUUCUGCAUGACUUCUACAUUGAGAAAGAAAGCCCAUCUCUGAUCCUUGAAAUAUUACAGCGGUUAUCGGAACUGAAAAGGUUCGAUAUGGCCGUAAUGUUCAUGACAGAAGCUGAAAAGAAAAUUGCACGUGUCUUGUUGAAUCACAUGGACAAGUCGGGACUGAAGGAUAAUUCUGUUGAGGAGAUGAAGAGAAAAUACGGUUGUUAAUUUGGCCUUUUAGUAGCGCGCUCGGCCUCAGUUUUUGUACGCAAACUUGCGUUUUCUACUGAAGACUAUAGUCAGGGUCAUCAAGAUCUGCUAAUGAGGCGCCCCAAAUCGUAUGCCAAAAGUGGAAAAUCUGUAUUAAAUGAAUAGAGUAGUGAUUUGCACUAGCCGUGUGUAUAAAGGUAAUGUUUGCUAUUUAUAAGUUUUGUGAGAACGAAAUAAAUAACUUGCAGAUAAUG